UCCAAAAAAUGGGUGCCAUAAAAUCAGCGAUGGGCGAUUUUCUGUUAACGUUUAUGUGGGUGUUCUGUGCUUCUACGCUAGGAAUCAUCACGUCCAUAAUCGGCACUAAUUUUGGAGUGAAAGGCCUGGUGUAUGAAUUGUUUUGCAUGGCAUGUUUUAUACUCGUUAUGUUGUUUGUGUUCACUUUCAUCGGUGAGGCAUUGGGUGGUGCUGUUUUUAAUCCCACUGAUCUGGCUACCUUUUACGUCGUCGGUAUCCGUACUGAGUCCUUGUUCUCUGCCUCUCUCCGUCUACCUGCUCAGGCAGCAGGAGCAGCUUUUGGUGCACUGGCAAUCAUGGAGGUGACGCCAAAAAAUUAUAAGCACAUGGUGACAGGGCCUUCUUUGAAAGUGGACUUGCACACUGGAGCGAUUGUUGAGUGUGUGUUGACCUUCGGGAUUACCUUUCUUGUGCUCCUUAUAAUCCUUAAGGGUCCUAAAAACACACUUAUGAAAAAUUGGCUGCUUUCCGUGUCAACUGUGGUAUUAGUGUUUGCAGGAUCAGCGUAUACUGGCCCUUCUAUGAAUCCUGCCAUUGCCUUUGGUUGGGCAUAUGUAGAUAAACGACACAAUACGUGGGAGCAGUUCUACGUUUUCUGGAUUUGUCCCUUUGUUGGGGCAAUAUCAUCAGCUCUACUUUUCCGAGUUAUUUUCCCUCCCCCAGUUAAGAAGCAGAAGACAGCCUAAGAGUCUAAGAUUGCUCAUUUCAACAUGAAAGCAAUUCUAUUCUGCUUAUCAGAUACAUAUAUUUUUUUUACUUUUGUCAGUCUUUUCAAUUCUCUCAUUAGUUGUAUAUUAAGAAUAUGGUGUUCUGCUGCAAAGCAAUGAAGUCAACUUUCAGGAAAUUAUGACGAAUA